AUUUCCCUUUCCACUCUUGUAGCAAACUAAGUGAUCAUCUCUCUCGAAUUACUUGUUCAAUAUUAAGCUGUUGAGUUGUCCUUUGAAUAAUUUGGCAAAUAUGGCAAUGGCUUAUUUAGUAAGUUUGUUUAUGGUGAUGGAGAUGAUAGCGAUCAGCCGCUUUGGGUUUGGAGUAGAUGGUCUCCGCAUGGACUACUACAUGAUGAGUUGCCCAUUGGCUGAAUUCAUUGUGAAGAACACAGUAAAUAGAGCUUUGCAAGAUGAUCCAACUCUAGCAGCAGCCUUGGUUCGAAUGCAUUUCCAUGACUGCUUCAUCGAGGGAUGUGAUGGGUCGGUUCUCAUUGAUUCAACAAAGGAUAACAAAGCAGAAAAGGACUCCCCAGGGAACUUGAGCUUGCGAGGCUAUGAAGUUAUUGAUGAUGCAAAGGAGCAGUUGGAAGAGCAAUGCUCUGGCAUAGUCUCAUGUGCUGAUAUUGUUGCAAUGGCUGCCAGAGAUGCAGUUUUCUGGGCUGGGGGUCCAGUGUAUGAUAUACCAAAAGGAAGAAGAGAUGGAAGGAGGUCUAAGAUAGAAGACACAAUCAACCUGCCUUUCCCCUCCUUCAACACCUCACAGCUGAUCCAGGCCUUUGGGCGGCGAGGUUUCUCUGCUCAAGAAAUGGUUGCCUUAUCUGGGGCGCAUACGUUAGGAGUGGCAAGGUGCUCAUCCUUCAAAAGCAGGCUGAGUAACGCAGAUCCCACUUUGGAUUCGGAUUUCGCCAAGAUAUUGUCACAAACAUGCAGCGCCGGCGACAACGCAGUGCAGCGGUUUGACUUCACACCAAACACUUUCGACAAUUAUUACUUCAACACAUUGAUCAGGAGAAAUGGACUUCUUUUCUCGGAUCAGCAGUUGUACGCCACACCCAGGACUCGAGCCAUUGUCAAUGGCUAUGCCAUGAACCAAGCCAUGUUUUUCUUUGAUUUCCAGCAGGCGAUGGUCAAAAUGGGCACCCUCGACGUCAAGGAAGGACCCAACGGAGAAGUUCGAGAGAAUUGCCGCAAAAUUAACUGAAAUUUAGAUCCAUUCAAACCCUUACAACUUGUUCAUCUUCUGUCCAAACUUGUAUCAAUGGAAACGUCUUUAUGAUUUAUGGUUGCAUCAUAAAAUUAAAUAAUAACACUCUCUCCUGUCUCUGUCUGUACA